CUCCGAUACUACCCCCUCCGCCCCCUCUUCCUCCGCCACCUUCCCCUAGGCUGCAAGGGCCACAGCUACUGAAAGCUGCCUUGGAACAAACUGAUCCUGGGGACCAUGAUGGGAUUCAGGAGCUCCUGAAGCACAGGAAAGCCAGCUUCAGUGAGCAUUUAAAGUGGCUUCUUUUCAACAACCCUGUGCCUUCCUUAAUCCAGGAGGGUCCCCAGUGUGGUCUGGUCGCCCUAUGGAUGGCUGGUGCCUUGCUUUCUCUGCCCAGACCGGUUUCUUUGGAGAGAAUUGUGCAGGUGGCUUUGGAAAGAGGCUACACGGCUCAGGGAGAAAUGUUCUCAGCGGCUGACAUGGCCAAAUUGGCUCUGGAGGUGUUUCCUUGCCAAACGGAGCUGCUGUCAGGAGGGCUGGAGGGAGACAACCGCAAAAGGAUCCUUCGACAUCUGAGCGCUGGCUUCCCUGUGCUGAUCCCCUAUGAUGAAGACUCCAACCAUGAACCCUGCUUCCGGGGCGGCUACAAGGCUCACUGGGCCAUUGCUUCAGGAGCUUUGCUUGGUCUGAAGCGUGGCUCCCAGCUCCCUCCUUGCCAGGAAGACAAAGAGAUCCUAGGACUUUUCCACGCCAGCCCUUCUACGUCAUCCUUCCCUUUGGAUUCGGUGGCCGAGACCUAUUUGCUGUCCAAGCAGGGCAAAAGCUGCCGAUAUCAGCUGUGGAACUACACUCUGCUGCAAGAGAGCAAUGCCCAGCUGACGGACUUCAGCCCCAAAAGGGCAGCGGAUGGCAAGGUCUAUAUUGUGCCCGCAGGCGGUGUGCGGGAAGGGCUGUGUGGAAAGGCAGUGCUGCUACGGCCAGAAGGAUCAGAGAUCCGCAAGCCAAACUGAAUGGUCAUCACUGGAAGGGUGCAGGGGGUGCUUUCCAAGGUUUUGGACAGCCAUGGCCUUUACAGGACUGUUUUUUUAAAGACACAGAUUCAUAGGGGGCAGAACUAUAAGAAAAGUGGGAUCUUCAUGGAACCUCCAGUACCAGGGAUUGCCUUUUUGUAGGGUAUUUAUGAAUUGUUUGCCUUCAAGUUGUUUUCUGCUUUGUGUCAACCCUAAAGUAAAUCUCUCACAAUGUUUCCUUGGCAAGAUAUGCUCAGAAGAUAAUAUCUCAGAAAUUUUAAAAAUUAACUGGGUAUUUUUAUUACAAAAAUGAAGCACUGAAAGGGUUAAAUGGAUGCAAUGACUCGGCAAUAUAAGCAGGUGUGAUUGUAGCUUAGUCUGUGAGAGGAGUCUGUGGGAAAAGGGCCUCAGUGUUAGUAGGCCUCAGUAUGAGGGUUAGUUCGCCUCAGAGUGAGGCCUCAGGAUGAGAAGGCCUCAGUAUGUGAGAGACGUCAGUCUGAGAGAGGCCUCAGGAUGAGAGUGGCCUCAGGAUGAGAGAGGCCUCAGAAUGAGAAGGCCUCAGUAUGUGAGAAAUGUCAGUCUGAGAGAGCCCUCAGUGUGAGAUAGACCUCAGAGUGAGAGAGGCCUCAGGAUGAGAAGACCUCAGUUCACCUCAGUAUUGUGAGAGACAUCAGUCUGAGAGAACCCUCAGUGUGAGAGAGGCCUCAGAGUGAGAGAGGCCUCAGGAUGAGAAGGACUCAGUUCACCUCAGUAUGUGAGAGAUGUCAGUCUGAGAGAGGCCUCAGAGUGAGAGAGGCCUCAGUUCACCUCAGUAUGUGAGAGACGUCAGUCUGAGAGAGCCCUCAGUGUGAGGCCUGAGUGAGAGA